UCCAGCGGAGCCAAUGGUGAAAGUCCGAGGGGCGGUGGAGGCGGACUCAGCGAGGAAACAAGAAGACAGGCCCAAGAUGGAGGCGGCGGUAGCCGUAGCGGCGUGACAGACUGUCAUUACUGGACCUCUGAAUUCCUCCUGUGUUCUAGGAGCCCCAUGGCACCUGCUCAGCCCCACCUCAACCCGUCUUGACAAAGUCCUAGGCUCCAUGGAGCCACCACGGGGCCCCUCUGCCAACGGGGCCGAGCCGUCCCGGGCAGUGGGCACUGUCAAAGUAUAUUUGCCCAACAAGCAACGCACGGUGGUGACUGUCCGGGAUGGCAUGAGUGUCUACGACUCUCUAGACAAGGCCCUCAAGGUACGGGGUCUCAAUCAGGAUUGCUGUGUGGUCUACCGGCUCAUCGAGGGGCGAAAGACAGUCACCGCCUGGGACACGGCCAUUGCCCCCCUGGAUGGAGAGGAGCUCAUUGUAGAGGUCCUCGAAGAUGUUCCACUGACCAUGCACAAUUUUGUACGGAAGACGUUCUUCAGCCUGGCAUUCUGUGACUUCUGCCUUAAGUUUCUGUUCCACGGCUUCCGCUGCCAAACCUGUGGCUACAAGUUCCACCAGCAUUGUUCCUCUAAAGUCCCCACAGUCUGUGUUGACAUGAGCACCAACUGCCGACAGUUCUACCACAGUGUCCAGGAUUUGUCCGGAGGCUCCAGACAGCACGAGGUUCCCUCGAACCGUCCCCUGAAUGAGCCACUAACCCCUCAGGGUCCCAGCUCCUGCGCCCCGCACCGAGACCCCGAGCACUUUCCCUUCCCUGCGCCGGCCAACGCCCCGCUCCAGCGCAUCCGCUCCACAUCCACUCCCAACGUCCACAUGGUCAGCACCACAGCCGCCACGGACUCCAGCCUCAUCCAGCUCACUACCCAGAGUUUUGGCACCGAUGCUGCCGGUAGUAGAGGUGGUGAUGGAGCCCCCCGGGGGAGCCCCAGCCCAGCCAGUGUGCCCUCGGGGAGGAAGUCCCCCCAUUCCAAGUCCCCGUCGGAGCAGCGGGAGCGGAAGUCCUUGGCCGAUGACAAGAAGAAAGUGAAGAAUCUGGGGUACCGGGACUCGGGCUAUUACUGGGAGGUGCCGCCCAGCGAGGUGCAGCUGCUGAAGAGGAUCGGGACAGGCUCGUUCGGCACUGUGUUUCGUGGGCGGUGGCAUGGCGAUGUGGCCGUGAAGGUGCUCAAGGUGGCCCAACCCACAGCUGAGCAGGCCCAGGCCUUCAAGAACGAGAUGCAGGUGCUCAGGAAGACCCGUCACGUCAACAUCUUGCUGUUCAUGGGCUUCAUGACGCGGCCGGGAUUUGCCAUCAUCACGCAGUGGUGUGAGGGCUCCAGCCUCUACCACCACCUGCACGUGGCCGACACUCGCUUCGACAUGGUCCAGCUCAUCGACGUGGCCCGGCAGACUGCCCAGGGCAUGGACUACCUCCACGCCAAGAACAUCAUUCAUCGAGAUCUCAAGUCUAACAACAUCUUCCUACAUGAGGGGCUCACAGUGAAGAUUGGUGACUUUGGCCUGGCCACAGUGAAGACACGGUGGAGUGGGGCCCAGCCCUUGGAGCAGCCCUCGGGCUCCGUGCUAUGGAUGGCGGCUGAGGUGAUCCGUAUGCAGGACCCGAACCCCUACAGCUUCCAGUCGGAUGUCUACGCCUAUGGGGUUGUGCUCUAUGAGCUCAUGACCGGCUCGCUGCCUUACAGCCACAUUGGCAGCCGUGACCAGAUUAUCUUUAUGGUGGGCCGUGGCUAUCUGUCCCCGGACCUCAGCAAAAUCUCCAGCAACUGCCCCAAGGCCAUGCGGCGCCUGCUGUCUGACUGCCUCAAGUUCCAGCGGGAGGAACGUCCCCUCUUCCCCCAGAUCCUGGCCACGAUUGAGCUGCUGCAGCGGUCACUCCCCAAGAUUGAGCGGAGUGCCUCUGAACCCUCCUUGCACCGCACCCAGGCCGAUGAGUUGCCUGCCUGCCUCCUCAGCGCGGCCCGCCUCGUGCCUUAGGCCCUGCCCCCAGUGGCCAGGGAACCCAUCUCAGCCUGCCACGCCAAGGAGCCCUGCCCACCAGCCAGCCAAUGUUCUGUUUCUGCCCUGAUAACUGCCUCAGGAUCCCCCCAUCCCCGUCCUGGGAGAUGAGGGUGUCCCCAUGUGCUUUUCCAGCUCCUCUGGAAUUGGGGGACCCCCAAAGACCAACACCCCUGCUUCCUCUUAAUUUGGUUUCCUCUUGGCUUUGGGGAUACUUCUAAAUUUGGGAGCUCCUCCAUCUGCAAUGGCUGGGAUUUGUGGCAGGGGUUCCACUCAGAACCUCUCUGGAAUUUGUGCCUGAUGUGCCUUCCACUGGAUUUUGGGGUCCCCAGCACCCCCCUGUGGAUUUAGGGGGGUCCCCUCUGUGUCUUCCCCACCAUUCAAGGACUCCCCUCUUUACCAAGAAGCACAGAAUUCUGCUGG